CCUAAGGCUGAGGAAUACUUCCGGGUUACGAAAUUGCGCAUUUCUGUCCGAGAAAGUCUUGAAGCACCUGGAGACAACGUCUAGCGUGAACAACAGACGUUUAACGAGGACUUCAGCAAUCGACAACCACAUCGAAAGAGUCCGCAAUCUCUGUGCAGUGCGAUAGCGUAUCAGCUAACUUUCAGAGGUUGAUCCAGCUCUCAUUGACAUGGCGACAACAGGCAGCAUAGAAGCUUUGGAUGACGUCGUGAGAGGAUCAUCAGGGGGUUCAGCCAAUACUGUGUCCAUCAGGCAAGGAGGAUCAGCGGGGGGUACUGCCAACACUGUUUCCACCUGGCAAGGAGAAAGGGGGAGGCAGGACAAAGGUGUGAAAGUGUUCGGGUGUGAGGACUGUGGCAAGAAGUUCAGUAGUCUUAGUAAUCUGAGGAGACACAAGCUGACUCACACUGCAGAGAGACGAGUGUUCGGGUGUGAGGAAUGUGACAAGAAGUUCAGUAGUCUUGGUAAUCUGACGAGACACAAGAAGCUGAAUCACACUGGAUUAAAACCCUACAUGUGUGGGGAGUGCAACAAACAGUUUGGUGAGCUUGCAAGUCUGAUGAAACACAUGUGGACUCACACAGGGGAGAAACCCUACAUGUGUGAGGAGUGUGGUAAGCAGUUCAGUCAGCUGUCAAAUCUGACGGGCCACAUGCGAACUCACACUGGGGAGAAACCCUACAUGUGUGAGGAGUGUGGCAGCCAGUUUGCUGAGCCAGGUAAUCUGAAGAGACACAUGCAAAGGCACACAGGUGAGAAACCCCACAGGUGUGAGGAGUGUGGCAGGCAGUUCAGUCAUAUGGGAACUCUGAAGAGUCACAUGCGAACUCACACUGGGGAGAAACCCUAUAGGUGUGAGGAGUGUGGCAGGCAGUUUAGGGAGCUUUCAAGUCUGAAGCAACACAUGACGAUGCACACAGGGGAGAAACCUUACAGAUGUGAGGAGUGUGGCAGGCAGUUCAGUCGGCUGGGUUAUCUAAAAGCUCAUAAGCGGACUCACACUGGCGAGAAACCCUACAAGUGUGAGGAGUGUGGCAGGCAUGUCCGUGAUCUGACUAAGCACAUGCGGACUCACACUGGCGAGAAACCCUACAAGUGUGGGGAGUGCAGCAAGCAGUUUAGUGAGGUUUCAAGUCUGAAGAUGCACAUGCGAAUGCACACAGGGGAGAAACCUUACAGAUGUGAGGAGUGUAGCAAGCAAUUCAGUCGGCUGGGUCAUCUAAAGCACCACAUGCUGACUCACACUGGCGAGAAACCCUUCAGGUGUGAGGAGUGCGGCAAGCAAUUCAGUCGGCUGGAAAAUCUGAAGGAACACAUGAGGGGUGCUCACACAGGGGAGAAACCCUACAGGUGUGAGGAGUGUGACAAGCGUUUCAAUCGGCUGGGUUCUUUGAAUAGGCACAUGCGGAUUCACACCGGUGAGAAACCCUACAAGUGUGAGGAGUGCAGCAAGCAGUUCAGUGUGCUGGCUGGUCUAAAGAUACACAUCCGCACUCACACUGGCGAGAAACCGCACAGGUGUGAGGAGUGUGGCAGGCAGUUUGCUCAGCCAGGUAAUCUAAGGAAGCACAAGCGAACCCACAGGGGAGAAACCCAAAAGAAGUGAGGACUGUGGCAUGCUGUUUAGCACCACAGUUUGAAAAUCUCAUUGGCAUAAGACGUGUGAAAACACUGCAUGGAAGUGAGAAAGUAUAUAGGGAGUUCACUAGAAGACUAUGAAGUCAUCACAAAUUGUUAGUUUAGUCAUAUGAUAAUCUCAACGAUACGCAAGUUCUGUAACAUACUGGUUGUUGUACUGGCCAAACAGGCUUUUCGUACUUUUAAUAUUGUAUUUUCUAUGUAUAUGUAGUGUAUGGAACUCUCUAUUGAUAAUAUUCUCAAGUUUUUGAAUUGUAAAAGAGUCUACAAUUCAGCCAUUUAGGCUGCCAUCGACUUUUAGACCUGUAUGUCUAUUUAUUUGUUUAUGAAUAAACCAGUCAUCAUCAUCAUC